GCGCUGCGCGGCGUCAUUGCUCCCGCCCUAUAUACCUACUUCCGCCCGCGAGCCACUUCCUUUCCUUUCAGCGGCGCGCGGCUGCAAGAUGGCGGUGCAGAUUUCCAAGAAGAGGAAGUUUGUAGCUGAUGGCAUCUUCAAAGCUGAGCUGAAUGAAUUUCUCACUCGGGAGCUGGCUGAAGAUGGCUACUCUGGAGUUGAAGUCCGAGUUACACCAACCAGGACAGAAAUCAUUAUUUUAGCCACCAGGACACAGAAUGUUCUUGGGGAGAAGGGUCGUCGGAUCAGAGAGUUGACCGCAGUUGUCCAGAAGCGCUUUGGCUUCCCUGAAGGCAGCGUAGAGCUUUAUGCAGAGAAAGUGGCCACAAGAGGUCUGUGUGCCAUUGCCCAGGCAGAGUCUCUACGCUACAAACUCCUUGGAGGGCUUGCGGUUCGAAGGGCCUGCUAUGGUGUGCUUCGGUUCAUUAUGGAGAGUGGGGCCAAGGGCUGCGAGGUUGUGGUGUCUGGGAAGCUCCGAGGACAGAGGGCCAAGUCCAUGAAGUUUGUGGAUGGUCUGAUGAUUCACAGUGGAGACCCUGUUAACUACUAUGUCGACACAGCUGUGCGCCAUGUGCUCCUCAGACAGGGUGUGCUGGGCAUCAAAGUGAAGAUCAUGCUGCCCUGGGACCCAAGUGGUAAGAUUGGUCCCAAGAAGCCUCUGCCUGAUCAUGUGAGCAUCGUGGAACCUAAAGAUGAAAUCCUGCCCACGACCCCCAUCUCCGAACAGAAGGGUGGGAAGCCAGAGCCACCAGCCAUGCCCCAGCCAGUGCCUACAGCAUAACAGGGUCUUGGCAGCUGCAUCUGGAGGCAUUUAAUAAAAUAAAGACAUUUAAUAAAAUCUUGAACAAAGACAAGGCCUGACUGGAUUGUGUCCAGUAUUCAACUGAGUUAUGUUGUCUAUGGAGCCAUGCUUAUUCUGUUGGUUUAAGCUGGAGGGCAUGAGCAGAGCUGACCAGAGAAGUCAUGAAGUUGGUGACCCUGUGUUGAACAAUUGAGGGUUAGAAGAGCAGUUUGGUUUUGGUGCUCUUGAUGGAACCCAGGUGCUUGGACAUAGUAAGCACACAUAAGACAGAGUAAGACUGCUGUGUCUCUGGCCUGGAGUAGUCUUUCUUGCUUUUUUUUUUUUUUUUUUUUUUCUCUAGAAUGAAAGCAGAUGGCCCAGCGAGUUAGGUGCUUCCUAUGAAAGCAUGUGUGCUGGUUUGUCAUGCACACAGCCCUGCAGGAGAGAGUAUGGCAACACAGCCGCUCAGCAUCCCAAGAUAAAAAGGGAGUUUCUACUGCCAUUUUGAGCUUGGGAGUUUGAAAUGUAAAGCCUGUCCAUAUGUUUUAAGGAUCCAUGUAUUUCUGUUUUGUUUGUUUUUCAAAACAGGGUUUCUCUGUAGCCCUGGCUGUCCUGGAACCCACUCUGUAUGUAGACCAGGCUGGCCUUGAACUCAGAAAUCCACCUGCCUCUGGCGAUCCAUAUAUUUCUAAGUCCUGUACUUAGACGCUGUUUUGGAAAAUUCAUUUUGGAAGCAUUUACUGUUGGUGUGUUUUGUGGGGAAUGAAUGAUAGCUUGGGAAUUCUUUUCUGUUUGGUGAGAGUGAAGCUGUCAGCCCGGUUGUAGCCUGGCUGGUGCUCAAAGGCUUUCUCUCAUUGUCUUCACCUACGUAGCUUUACGUGGGGUAAGGACUUAAGUUACUUAAGUUGGGUGCACACUGACCAUGUCCACAACCUGUUAACCAACUCUACAUGAUGAGUACAGAUGUACCUUUUUAGAAAGUGUUAAUGUGUAGCCCUGGCUGGCCUCUGCCUCAGGGUAUUAUGAAUAAAGUGUGCAACCUUCAUCUGGUUGAUUAAA